UUAUUUCAGGAUUUAUUUUAUCAAAUUGUCUUUUUUAUGUGAACUAUUGUAAAUUUGUGAAUGUGAAAUGUAUUAAAAAUGACAACAAAUGAUAUAUCUUUGUUCAACUCGAGUGUGUCAACGGUAGAUGGAAAUUUAAAUGCAAACAAUAAUGAUAUAAACAAUGAUCUGAACGAUGAAAGCGUGAUAUUGGCUCAAUUAAAUGAAUUGCGACAGUGGCAAGAAUCGCAACGAAAAUGUUUGGCUGAAAGUCAAUUAGAUCAGCAGAAAAUGUUGCAGUUGGAAAAGCAAAAACUAUAUGCGAUGUUUGGAUUGAGUGGUGAUGAGUCCAGUCUACAGGACAUUGGUUCUGGUUCGCUUGAAUCGAGUUUUGGCUUUCGUCAACAGCAUCAAACACCACAAUUGAUUAAAUCACCAAAAACGUCAUCAAUCGAAAACAAACCAUUGUUGACACCACUCGAAUUGAGCUCACCGUCCAUGAAUCAAUUGCAAAAAAUCAUCGAAAAUCUAGCGAUCCAUUCACCAGCACUUAAUGUCAAUACGGUGACGGAGGAGAUGGCUCAAAUACCCAAACGACCGUAUUUGAAACGCGGCGAAGGAUUAAAGAAUCGCUUUAAAGUUGAUCCAAAUGCUUUUCGCUUGGAUAAUCUGCCAAAAUAUAAAUACGCACGGCGGAUGCAAAAACAUGCGCAAUCGCAACAAUCACGUAAACAACGUCAUCAGGAAAUCACAACAAAUGAUACAUUAGCAUCAUUGAAUGCAGACGUUGGGGUAGUUGAAACAUUCGAAGGACAACAAAACAACACACACGACGGUGGAUACAAACAUAAUACUAGAGAAAAAACCAGGAAAUUGAAAGAGACAGCGAAACGCCCAAAUCCACGAACAGUGUCACUGAAGUUAAAACCAAACAAAAUCACACAAUGCAAAGGAAAUUCGUCGUCUGUAUUACACAGCGAUGUGAAUAAACCAUUACAUCACCGCAAUCAAGAUGUUUUGCAGAGUGCGAAUGGAAUAGAGCAAGCAUCCAUUGUACCGAUUAGUGCCAAUUUUUUGUCACCGACCACGAAAUUCUUGCUGGACACACCGACCAAAGAACGCGUACGAUUGCAACAAGACGAAAUAAAUGAAUUAAAACAAUUUGUGCAGCUCGAAGAGGAUUUUAAUCAAACGAACGGUGCAUUAGAAAUGGAGAGAUCUAGACGUGAUGAUAAUGUGGUGGUAAAAUUUAAAGUUGGUGUGAACAUAUCGCCAAAGCAUUAUAUGGCCAAUCAAAAUUUUGGCGAUAUUGAAGAAGAGGACGAAGACGAAGAGAAUGUACACCAUAGUAUUAGCAGUGAUAGUAGCAUGGGCGAUGAAUCGAAACACGUACGUUUUCAUUCGAAAGCAAUAGCCAUUGAAAAAGUCGACCAAAGUCAAUUGAUUGAAAGUAUAUACGAUGUGCCACGAACAUCCAGUCCAAAUGGCAAAACAACCGAUUCAUUUCAAAAAUUCAAAGAAAAACUCUUUGAUCGCCGACUGAAGCAAAAAUUCCAGAAUCGAUUGAGUGUGGCCAAAGAUUUUGAAAUUUCCGAUUUGAAUUCAAACAAAAGUGAUCAUGAGGAUGGCACCGAUGGCGAAGAAAGUGCACUUGCAACGGCAAUCGAUUUCAAUGAAACACAUGAUGGCGAAGCAAAAACCCAAUUACAACAGCGAAUGAUCAGUUUGGAAAAAGAGAUACAAUCGUUUCGCGAACAAAAUUCUGAGCUCACCAAAUUGAUUCGUGAAUACGAUAGGAUUCGUUUAACAUUUGAUGAAGAGUGUCGUGCUUCGCAGGAGCGCAUGGAAAAUGAACGUAUAAAUUUUGAGAUGUAUAUGCAUGAACAACGCUUGAAAAUGCUCGAUGAAAAGGCCAAAUGGGAGAAGAAAAUGAAAGAGGGGCGUGCCAUAACACAAACCGAAAAAGAUGAACUGGCACGUUUACGUGAAAAAUGUUCGAACCAUGAGGCCGAAAUUGGUGCACGCGAACAAAAACAUGUAGCUGCUCAAGGUCGAAUUCGGGCACAACUGCGGAAUGUUGAAAAGGAUUUGAAAGAGGCUCGAUUUGAAGUGGAACAAUUGCAACGUGAAAAUAAAAAAUUGGAAGCGGAAAAUAUGCGAUUGAGACGACAAAGCAAUAGCAAAGUUUUGCAUGAAAUCAAUAAAAGUAUUUCGAAAUUGGCACACACGAACGAUGGUCGUGAUAAUCAACAGCAUGAAAAUGCCAAGGAUGCCGCAAAUGAGAAGCCUGUCAAACGAGUGGUGAAAAAGUGCUCAAAUAUGAAUGCACAUAAAACCGUUGUGGCCAAAGUAACAUGCCACCGCGAACCAUUGAAGGGGAAUCAAAUGCGCUCGAAAAGUGUGCCAAAUUUACAGAGUGAAAUCGACGAAAAAUAUUCGUAUGAAUUGUGCUCAAAUCAAUCGGAAGGUGAUGGUGAUGGCAGUGAAUGUUCAACAUCGCACGAUGAUAAAUCGAAUUAUUUUUCAAAAGCAAACAAUAAACACACCGAAGAUGAACGUGAAUUUGAUAAAGGUGUGUCUGGUAGAUGCGAUGAAUCGGACAGUUUGAACACUACAUCGAUGAAACGUAUCAUUGAUAAUCCGGACGGUAGCAAAGACGUUUGGUAUCAAAAUGGAAAUUUAAAGAAAAUAUCAGCCGAUGGAAUGUGCAUUCGUAUGUUAUACUUUAACAAGGACAUUAAAGAAACCGAUAUUAAAGAAGGAAUUGUCAAGUACUAUUAUAGUGAAACAAAUACAUGGCAAACUACGUAUUUAGAUGGUUUGGAAAUAUUCGAAUAUCCAGAUGGUCAAACGGAACAUCGCCACAAAGAUGGCAAAGUGGAAAUUUAUUUUCCAAAUGGUACAGUCCGAAUCACAAAUCCAAAUAGAGAACAACAGGAAGGAAUUAAAGAAGAAUGGAAAUAUGCAGAUGGUUCGAAUGCCAUUCAAAUGACCAAUGGUGAACGUAUCCUGAUGCUACCGAAUGGACAACGUGAAGUCCAUGCAAACGGUCACAAACGCCGAGAAUAUCCUGAUGGUACGGUGAAGAUUGUUUAUCCGGACGGCUCAACCGAAACACGAUACUCCAAUGGACGUGUCCGUUUGAAGAACAAAGACGGAAAACUCAUCAUGGACUCAGAAACAAUUUCAAUUUAAGAUAUUCGAAAAUAAAAAGAAAUCAUUGUCAUGCUACACAUAAUUUAUAUGAAACCUAUUUAGAUUUAGUGUUAAAAAAGCAUCCAUAGAUGUCAAAUAUAUGUAUACACGCACACACACAUUCAACGAUGACUAUGAUGUGGACUUGUUCUGAUUGAGAAUCAAAAUAUGUAUUGAUAUAAAAUAUUUUUGUUGUUGUUGUGCAAUUCACAAAAUAAAAUACACCCAGAUUUUAACAAUUUUCAUUU